AGGGCUACACUACAGAGAGGAGAAAAUGCCAACAUCAGAGUGAAACUGUCCAUGCCCUGAUAUUUCCUUCGAGGCUAAGCAAAGAAGACAUUACAAAUACUCUUCCCAAUCAGUGAACCUCUUCAGACCCAAACCCACUCUACUACCACUCUUACUUCCUUCAGAGAGAAACCCUAGAAAUUAAUGGCAGAAGAACAGGUAAGGAAUACUAGUUGUAACAAGAAGAAGGUGAUGGUGGCCAUUGAAGAAAGCGAGUUCAGUCACUAUGCUCUUAAAUGGGCACUUGAAAAUUUUAACGAUUGUCUCUCUGGAUCGUCUCUAGUCAUCUUCACUGUUCAGACCAUUGCCAGUGUCGGUCACAUCUACGCCGCUUCCUUUGGCUCUGCUCGUACGUAUGGUGUUCUCUCAACCAAUCCAGAUAUGCUUAAAUCUGUUCAAGAAAAUAAAAGGAAGUUUUCAUUAGCUCUUCUGGAAAAAGCUAAGGAGAUUUGUGCUAAACAGGGGGUGACUGCUGAAACUAUCACAGAAAUUGGAGAUCCUAAAGUGGCUAUAUGUGAUGCAGUUGAGAAGCUGAACAUUGAUAUACUUAUUUUGGGUAGCCAUGGACGGGGAAUCCUCAAAAGGGCGUUCAUGGGAAGCGUGAGCAACUAUUGUGUUCAAAAUGCCAAAUGCCCAGUCCUUGUAAUAAAGAAAUCGAAAUGAGAGUUUAAUAGCAGCACAAACUUGAUAUUAUGUAGUGUACUUCAGAUAUUCCUUUCUUAUUUCAUAUGAUAUAUGUAUGUAGUUUCAAAUGUAAGACACCAAAGCUUUGGUGUGUUUCUUUUCAUCUUCUUAUUUCUUUUUUAAAUUGUAUGUUUGGUGCUCUGACACACAUUUCUGGUAUGUUUUUUGAAUGUCCUGUAAGAGUUACCAUUUCAAUUUGAAUGAAAUGUACAGAAUUUGGAACUAAA